GCUCAGUGGUGUGAGGUCGAGAAGGCUGGCUGGAAAUGGCUUCCCUGCCUCCAGGCCAUGAGGGCACCUCGUGACAGAGCUGUUCUGUGUCUCUCAUCUGAGACUUCUGUCCUGCUGGUCGAAAAUCCAUUCCUCGCUGCCGAAGAAUUAACAGGAUGCUCUCCAAUGAGUCCCUGCAUCCGCCUGCCUUCAGUCGCUCCAACUCCCAAGCCUCUGUCGACAGCAGCACAUCGGUGGAGGAGUUCUGGCCGGAAAUCGGGAGUAUCAAAGAGAGCAGUGUGGGGGCACAGGAGGAGCAGCCGCCCACCCCCGAGGCCAAGCCCAUGGAUGAAGGAGAACUUGAAGCAGAGUGGCUGCAAGAUGUGGGACUGUCAACCCUGAUCUCUGGGAACGAAGAGGAAGAUGGUAAAGCCCUCCUGUCCACGCUGACUCGCACCCAAGCAGCUGCCGUGAAAAAGAGAUACAACACGUAUACCCAGACGCUGAGGAAGAAGAGCAAGCAACCCGUCAGGGAUGUGAGAGACGUCUUUGGAGUCAGCGAAUCUCCCUCCAGUGAGUCUUGUGACCGUGCUACUCAGUUGGACGGCACCAAGGAAGAAAAAGAACCGCCAGGAGUUACCAAAACAAGUGGCCCUCUGCCAGAUGAUACUUCUCUCAAGAGUACCACCCUAUCCAACGGUACCGGGGAUGAGGAAGGUAGUUUUGUGGACCUCCAGAGUGGCUCCGUGUCAAUCCUUGAGGCUAUCCCAGAUAUUCCCGUUCACACCAAUGGAUCUGCAGACGCUGAGCCGCCAGUCCUGAGUGCCUUGAGUGAUGAUGAUUAUCUAGAAAAGAACAUUCCGCCAGAGGCUGAAGAGCUGUCUUUUGAGGUGUCGUACUCAGAAAUGGUGACAGAGGCCCCAAACAGAAAUAAAUGGAAGAAGUCAGACAUUAAGAAAGAAGACUAUGCCUUAACUAAAUUUAUUGUUCAGAAAACCAGAUUUGGGUUGACCGAAACAGGAGACCUGUCUGCCGAAGACAUGAAGAAAAUCCGCCAUCUCUCUCUGAUUGAAUUGACCGCCUUCUUUGAUGCUUUCGGGAUACCGCUGAAAAGAAACAAAACAGAGAGGGGGAAAGGCAGAGACAGUGGAAUUUUCGGAGUGCCGCUUACAGUCCUCCUGGACAAUGACCGGAAGAAGGACCCUGAAGUGAAAGUUCCCCUGGUGUUACAAAAAUUUUUUCAGAAAGUCGAGGAAUCGGGCCUGGAAUCAGAAGGAAUUUUUCGGCUUUCCGGAUGUACUGCCAAAGUCAAGCAGUACCGCGAAGAACUGGAUGCCAGGUUCAAUGCUGACAAGUUCAAGUGGGACAAAAUGUGUCACCGGGAAGCUGCCGUGAUGCUGAAAGCGUUCUUCCGAGAACUCCCCACCUCCCUCUUCCCCGUCGAGUACAUACCUGCCUUCAUCACGCUGAUGGAAAGGGGGCCUCACAUCAAAGUGCAGUUUCAAGCCUUGCACCUCAUGGUCAUGGCCCUGCCUGACGCCAACAGGGACACAGCCCAGGCACUGAUGACGUUCUUCAAUAAAGUGAUUGCCAAUGAAUCAAAGAACCGCAUGAGCCUCUGGAACAUUUCCACGGUGAUGGCGCCAAACUUGUUCUUCAGCAGAAGCAAGCACUCUGACUAUGAAGAAUUGCUGCUAGCCAACACCGCAGCCCACAUCAUCCGCCUGAUGCUGAGGUACCAGAAAAUCCUGUGGAAGGUGCCAUCUUUCUUGAUCACCCAAGUAAGAAGGAUGAAUGAAGCCACCAUGCUGUUGAAGAAGCAGCUCCCGAGUAUGAAGAAACUGCUUAGGAGGAAGACCCUAGAGCGGGAGGUUUCAAGCCCCAAGACCUCAAAGGUACCACAAAAAUCACCUUCAAGAAGAAUGUCUGACGUGCCAGAAGGCGUCAUCAGGGUCCACGCUCCACUUCUGUCCAAAGUGUCCAUGGCCAUUCAGCUCAACAGUCAGACCAAAGCCAAAGAUAUCCUGGCGAAAUUUCAGUAUGAGAACAGUCAUGGUUCAUCUGAAUGUAUAAAGAUGCAGAACCAGAGGUUAUAUGAAGUUGGAGGAAACAUAGGACAACACUGUUUGGAUCCUGAUGCAUAUAUAUUGGAUGUGUAUCAUGUUAAUCCUCAUGCAGAAUGGGUGAUUAAGCCCUCGCCAAGCCUUUAAAAUAUGCCGAAGAUGGCUCUUGCCUUGUAUUAUACGCCAAGAAGUUCCUGCGUUCGUGGGAAAAACCACACUGCCCUGAGGUAUUUGCUCCUGUAAUCCUGGUUCUCCUGAAGGGGCGGCGUCACCAGCUCUGUCGAUAUGAACUACAGAGAAGGAGCUGGUUCACAUUGAACUGAACUUCCUUAUCACAGUCCCUUGGUAAGAAGAUAUGACCCAGAAGAAAGGCCAACGUUACUCAAUGUGGAGCUUAUGUAGCAGAAAUAGACUUGGCCCCGUGCCUGGGAAUAGGCUGCACUUCUGAUGUGAAACAUACACUAUUUAUGCUCCUAGAUUGGAGGGCCUUCCGUCUAAAGACAGCUGUGCCCUGUGUCAUUCUGUGCCUCGCGCCCAGAGAGGACUUGGUAGCGCCCCGGUGCAAAGGAACUUUCCGUUGAGAGUUGAGAUGGUAUUUUAUGGUUCCUUGUCUCAUGCGUGCAGGUCCUCAUUACAAAUCCCAGUUUGGCAAGGGCGUCCUGUGCUUCCAGGGUGUCCUGUGUAGUCCACAAUCGUGGCAUCUGUUCUCUCUUCUCCCAGUUGUGGUGCUCCGGUGAAUAGAUCUCCUCUCAUGUGUUAGCGUGAAUGUCCUUUGCAGAUCAAACACUUUCUGUUUUCCACGUUUUACAGCUGUAGCCACUUCUGCAGCCCUAACUCCAAAAAUGCAGAGAUGCCUUUGCCCAUAAGUGCCGAAAAGGCCGCUCGACCCAGAAUUGAUAAGUUGCAAAAGUACAUUGUGUGCUUCGAUCUAAUGUUAACCAGACACGUGGCCAGGCACUGUGGGCUAGCACUGGGCUGUGGAAGCUGGAGACCACUGUCCGGUCCACAUCUUGCACAGCUAUUGUCUAGAUCUGCAGCGGUGAACAUUUGGUCCUCCUGUUUCUAAGAGAAACAGGUCUAAAAUGUGCCGAGGGACAUUUUACAGAGGACAGCUCUGCCUUCCAGAGGCUGCAGAGAGCAUCCUUAUUCAUCCCAGGUGUGUGUGAUCUUCCACAGACCAAGAGUUUGAUGGAAUUAGAGCGGUUACCACAUUUAAGACCCAAGUGCCAGUACAAGCAAAACUCACUCACAAAUGCAAAAGGACUGUUUCCUUCCCUGCAUAGCCCAUGUCCGGAGAUAAUGAGGAUACUGUAAAGGCAUGUGCAGAAGAGCUCUCCCGUUGCUGUCAUGGCUGAUACGGAAACAAAACACCCAUCUCCAACAGUCAGGUCAUCUCCUUGUCGAAGCAUGGCACUCUGUGCAUUCAGCAUGCGGACUGUUUUCUUCCUGACCCUCAGGAGUUUGCUCUACUUGCCUAGAAACACAAAGACCAGUUUGUUGGGUUUAUUUAUGAAUUUCUAUUUCCUUUCUCUGAAAAGCCACUAAAAGCCAAGUGCGUACACACUGCCGAGGUUUGUGUGUGUGUGUGUGUGUGUCCCAGUGUUUGACCGGUUUCCAGGCUGCCCAGUGGGCCUGUGAGUGUGCGCGGUGAGCACAUCGUCAUCCUGCGGUGCAAGCAGGGAGUGAGCAUGUCACUGUCGAGCAGCUGGCUUCCAAGACUGUCACUGGAGGAGUCCCUGCCUACGCACAGAAGCAAGGCACCCUUCCAGAGCACCACUAUGUUUCUGUAAAUACGUGAGCAUAUUCCUGUAUUUCUUGGCAUGAGAAGCAUCCGAUGCUGUUGUAUUUAUAUAGAAAGUGCACAGCUCUGUUCACUUGUUUUCCUCUUCUGGGGUUCUCAUUUCAGACUAUAUGAGAACACAUUAGGAUCUGUGCCUUAGCUUUAGUUGCCAGGCUUCAACAGCAGCUCGCGGACGGCAGGUAGCGCACGGCAAGGCUCUGCGUUCCGUGCCAACUUCUGUGCGGCUUCAGACGCAAAGUCUUGGCUGAAUCGGUAACUUGGAAUUGGUCAUUUCAGCCUAUGAGGGAACGUGACAACUUUCAGAUAACUGUAUUGUGUGGAGGGCAGUGUCAGCAUCAGGGGCAACGCUGGCUAUAGCUUUUCGUUUCUCGUCACACAGUUAAUCCGCUAGAGAAGGCUUAGUCACCAUGCGAACUGGUGUCUGUGUGCUCGAGGAGUUUCUUUCGUGGAUUUUUAUUCUGAAAGAAUAACCUUCUGAUCAAAUUGGAAAUACCUGCCGUCUGUACUGAAAGAACUUUGGCCUUAUUGAGAGUUGGUUUUCCAAAGUCCAGUAGGCAACUUGUUAGACUAAAUGGGCUGUUUGCCAACCAAGGAGGCCAGAUACAUGGGUAGUAAAGUACAUCCGUACUGGCUUCUCACCCGUCUAAUGCUCUGGAUACACAAGUGGGAAAAUAACGUCAUUCGGGAACGUAGUAAAGGAAAUGACUCGGAGGGACACAUAUUCAGGAAGGUGUCCACAGCUGCCUCGUCUCCCCUCCGUUCUCCCUAGCAGGCUCCUUUGCUCUGCAGCUCAGCUGGGAAAUGGUUCUUCCCGCCAGUGGCCUUUGGACAAACUGGAACUCUGAUUCCUUACAGUGUGUAUGUGCCGUAUAAACUACCUCACCAAGCCUUUUUUUGGGAAAGAGAAUCAAACGGACUUUUAACAUUGUUGUUGUUGUUCAACUGUCCCUGGGUCUUACUUAAGUCGCUGCAGUUAGCUCUCUGUGUAUGUUUUGAUAAUAUGCCAUUCACGCCAUGAAAUAGUCUUAGCAAAAGCAUUAGGACAAAAAUACGCCGGAAGUAUGCCCUGCCGUGUGCUCUGAGGGAGUUCUCGUGUGUCCUCAGUGACUGUCUUGUGUUGCUAACCAUGGGGGACACGGGCUGUCGGGAACUGGUGUUCCUUGUUCCGGCAGCGAUCCUGCCCCUGUCCGUGCAUUUCCUUUGACUGAAAAGGAGAGGGGAUGAAAUGUCCCUCUUCUGAGCAAAUAUGUUGAUUUUUUUUAUGUGUGUGUCUGACUUGCCUGAAGAGACUGUACAUUAGGGGGUAUAAUUCUCCCCUUGACAGGCAUUUUCAGCUAUUUUCCAUAAAUAUGUCACUUAAUAAAAAGUAACAUGACAUGGG